AUGCAGACGAUCAAGUGCGUCGUCGUUGGCGACGGUGCUGUCGGAAAGUUCCCUUCUGAGUACGUCCCGACCGUCUUCGACAACUAUGCGGUCACGGUCAUGAUCGGCGAGGAUCCUUACACUCUCGGCUUGUUCGACACGGCCGGUCAAGAAGACUAUGAUCGCCUUCGCCCCCUGUCCUACCCGCAGACGGACGUCUUCCUUGUCUGCUUCUCCGUCACCUCGCCCGCCUCGUUCGAGAACGUCAAGGAGAAGUGGUUCCCAGAAGUCCACCACCACUGCCCUGGUGUCCCCUGCCUCAUCGUCGGCACGCAGGUGGAUCUUCGGGAUGACUCGGCCGUCGUUGAGAAGUUGGCUAGGCAAAAGCAGAGGCCUGUGACCUUUGAUGCGGGAGAGAGGCUGGCGAGAGAGUUGGGCGCCGUCAAGUACGUCGAGUGCUCAGCGCUGACGCAGAAGGGUCUGAAGAAUGUGUUCGACGAGGCCAUCGUCGCUGCGCUGGAGCCCCCCGUCGUGCGCAAAAAGUCAAAGUGCGCCAUCCUCUAA